GCUUGCUUUAGUAGCAAAUUAGAGAUGGAAUCACAAACACCAGCACCAGCACUCCCUUCUGUCAGAGCUUCCCAGUUUGUCAUUCUUGGGUUGAGGGUCCUCACCUCCAUUUUUCUAGUUGUGUCACUCGCCAUCCUCCUCUCCAAUGUUUUGUCUGGAGAUCAAGAUCACAAAAUACACUUUUAUGACUACGUGCCAUACCGAUACAUGGCUGCCGCAAUUGUUAUUGGAAUUGCAUAUUCAGUCUUCCAAACUGUAGUUGCAGUUAUCCGCAUAAGAAGAGAAAAUCAUAGGAGCAUGUUACUCGACUUCUAUGGUGACAAGGUUAUAUCAAAUGUAGUAGCUACUGGAGCUGUUGCAGGAUUUGUUAUGACCGCACAACUACAGAAACAAUGGGGCGACAUAGUAAAGAUUGACAUUGUCCACAAAUAUAUCAAAAGGUCACAUGCAGCAGAUGGACUUGUCUUCCUUGCCUUCAUCUGCACUUUCAUAUUAUCCGUCCUCUCUUCCUAUGCACUUCCCAAGAAGGUUUACUAGAAUUAGAUUUUGCAGCAGCAUCAUCAACAGCUGGCCAAUAUUUGAGUGUCUUGCCUUUUAUUUUAGGAUUUUUUAACUUUAAUCCUUUAAGAAGAAUGGAAUUUAAAA